CGAGUAAACCAUGAAAUUGGUAUGACUUGGUUACCCAAAAAUUCCGUAGAAGAAUAAACACAAUCCAUAAACCCACCCAUUUCGUGGUGAAGAUUUUACAGAGAGAUAUUCAGAAAAUGAAGGCCAUGGAAGCUUUACACUUACGGUGUAUACUUCCACUAUCCAGAACCAAAAACUCUCUCUUUACACUUCAAACAACAACCCCAUUUUCUCUAUCACCAUUUUCAAAACCCCCACCAUUAACUUUAACCUUAUCAUCUUCAUCUUCUCAAAAUGCUACUAUAAGAACAAGAGCAGGGUUUUUUUUUGGUCGUACAAAAGAUGAUAAGAAGAAGAAGAAGAUGGAUUUGCCUGAUACUGUUAAAGCUGGUGACCCUGUUCUUCAUGAACCUGCUCAAGAAGUUGAUCCUAGUGAGAUAAUGUCUGAUAAAGUGCAGAAAAUUAUUGAUGAUAUGAUUAGGGUUAUGAGGAAAGCUCCUGGUGUUGGUUUAGCUGCUCCUCAGAUUGGAGUUUCUUCUAGGAUAAUUGUUUUGGAAGACACCGAAGAAUUUAUUAGUUAUGCCCCAAAGGAAGUGCUCAAAGCUCAAGAUAGACAUCCUUUUGAUCUUUUGGUGAUCCUGAAUCCCAAGCUGAAGAGUACGAGCAAAAGGACUGCCCUGUUUUUUGAAGGGUGUUUGAGUGUUGAUGGAUUUAGAGCUGUGGUGGAACGUCACCUUGACGUUGAAGUUACAGGUUUGGAUCGCAAUGGUGAACCAAUCAAAAUAACUGCUUCUGGUUGGCAGGCCCGGAUUUUACAACAUGAAUGUGAUCACUUGGAUGGAACUCUAUAUGUUGAUAAGAUGGUACCUAGAACUUUCAGAACGGUAGAAAACAUGGACCUGCCUCUUGCUCAGGGAUGCCCGAAUCUUGGCCCUCGGUAGCGCAGGUUUCGGGACGUUGCUGCUGCCUCUGAUAAGGCCGUCAACACAGGUUUCUUGUGCAUGUUAGUGAGAAUUUUGCAUUUGUAGAUCCUAAAAUUGAGACCAGAUUCAAUAUUUUAGAAAUAGUGUCAGAUUUAGACUGAUGAAAUCUCCCUCAAUUUUCUAUGCCGAAUUUUGUCAUUGCAUUAUAAUGCCCUUUUUCAUGAUAAGUUGUUUCAUGCAA